AUGAAUUUAAAUUUAUUUAUCGAUUUGGAAAGGGGACCACGUUCAGCUUUGGUUCGAUGGCUCCAAAGGCGGCGUUUGAUAGCAGAUCCUCUUCGGUGUGCGCAAUGUAAUAUCACGAUGGAACUAACCGAGAGAAAUGACCACCAUGUGGACGGAUUUCUUUGGAGAUGUACUGGGUGUCGCAAAAAACGAAGCUUGCGAACGAACAGCUUUUUCGCUGAAUUCCCAAAGAUCCCUUUAGGAACUCUACUUCGCGUCAUGUUUUCCUUCGUGCACGAAGAGUCACAACGUAGAAUUGCGGAAACGCUAAACUUAAGGCGAAGUUUAGUUUCUCGCAUUUAUAGACGACUACAAGAUCUGUGCUCAGUGGAUCUAGCAAACAGAUCAUUCCUGCCGUUUGGAGGACCCGGAGCUAUUAUAAAGUGCGAUGAAAGCAAGUUCAAUCAUAAAGCCAAGUACAACAGGGGGAGGAGAGCAGCCAGUGACGCGUGGGUGUUUGGCAUCGUAACCACAGAGUAUAGUCCCGCGCGGGGUUACUUCAAGGUUGUCGAUAGAAGAAACGCGGCCACCCUUCUGCCCACCAUCAACAGAUGCGUCUUGCCUGGUAGGGAAAUCCAUACAGAUGACUGGGGGGCGUACAGACGACUUCUACAACUGCCAAAUGUCCGCAGACAUAGAGUUGUUGUACACGCCCACAAUUUCGUCGAUCCACGCACUGGACUGCACACACAGGAGGUGGAGUCUUGUUGGAAUCAGCUUAAACUUGGGCAAAAACAAAGAAAGGGGUUGAGAAGGAAAGAUCUACAAUCCUAUCUCGAUGAGAGAAUGUGGCGGCAGUGGCGAGGAGGAGAUCAUACUCAAAUCAUGGCAAACUUUAUCGCCAUUAUACCCCUCCAAUUCUCGACUAACCAGCCAGCUCUGUGACUUUGAACUUGCAUGUGAUAUUCCAUUAUCAAUGAAAUGGAAAAUGUUUUUUUUAAUGACAAUUGUGUUGAGAUAAAAUGGAGUUCAAAGAAAAUAAGCAUGUUAAUCAGUCUGAUUGUCGCAUAAAGGAUUACUAUUGUUACAAGAAGACAAAGUGGGAUUAUUUUUCAUUCUAAAAAUAUGUCGUUUUUGUUGAGCCCAACUCAAAGAAUGUGUUUUUUAAGUGUAUCGUUAAAAUCUUCUCACAUAGUAAUUACCAAGUCGCUUAUAGAGUGUGCAUUUUUAUAGUUGACUCAGGUUUAGCAGU